AUGUCUUUUAAAUCAAUCGACACAGUUAUUGAUGAAAACGAAAUCGUAAACUUUCCAACUGAAUUUUUGAAUUCUCUGGAUUUGCCAGGAAUGCCACCACACAACCUUCAAUUGAAAAUUGGUUCAUCAAUUAUUCUUCUACGUAAUUUAAACCCACCUCAAUUAUGUAACGGUACACGUUUAGUCAUAAAACAAAUAACCGAAAAUAUUCUUGAAGCAACAAUUUUGUCGGGAAAAUUUAAAGGAGAUAUCGUCCUGUUGCCACGUAUUCCACUGAUAGCGUCGGAAUCUCCAAUACCGUUUAAAAGGCUCCAAUUUCCGAUUUGUUUAGCUUUUGCGAUGACUAUAAAUAAAUCUCAAGGCCAAACAAUGUCUAUUUGCGGUUUGGAUUUGGAAAACACAUGUUUCUCACAUGGACAGCUAUAUGUUGCCUGCUCACGUGUAGGAAAACCAUCAAAUCUCUUCGUGUUAGCGAAAGACAGUGAGCCCCCCUCAGUUGAAGCUGUUGUUACAAGUGAAGAACAUGAUAUUAAUUACUCUGAAGUGUUAGAAAUACCAGGUGAGCCUCCCUCAGUUGAAGCUGUUGUUACAAGUGAAGAACAUGAUAUUAAUUACUCUGAAGUGUUAGAAAUACCAGGGUCAGAUCCAGCUGAAUGGAAAAUAAAUUCAUGUACUAUUGAUUACAUAUGUAAAAAUGGAUUUAGCCAAAAUUUAGAUUCUAGUUUUAGUUAA